GAAAUUUCCCUUACCGAGGAGUUGGCAACACAGAGCAGUAGUAGUGAAAUCGGAAGUGUGGAGUCAGUUGCUUAAAACUUUCAGCUUUUUUUAAACCUUAAAUUUAAUCUCAUCCGGUUUUAAACUCAGGUUCAGUUAUUCGCUGAAAUUACCGUCAGAUUUAGACUUCAGAACAAACCAAAAAAGCGCUAAAUCAUCAGUAAUAAUGACACGGAAAUGUCUGCCUUAACUGCACCACGUUGCUCCACUUUGCUGUUUGCUGUCGUCGUCGUGUUCGUCUCUGCAGACCCAAAGAUCAUUAUAGCAAAGUCUGGACAGGACGUCACUCUGAAAUGUCGAGCUCCAAACGACAAGACCAGAGCUGUAGAGUGGAAAAGAACUGACCUGUUGCCAGAAUAUGUGCUUUGGUACCAGGAUGGACAGUUUGCUCCAGCCAACCAGCAUCCAUCUUUUAAGAACCGGGUGGAUCUGCAGGACAGAGAGAUGAAGGAUGGAGACGUGUCUUUGAUUCUGAAGGAUGUGACGAUUAAUGACGCUGGAACAUACGUGUGUAGUGUCCUCACGGAAAGUACCGGCUCAUUGACGCUCAUCAGUAUCGUCUAUUUGAGUGUUCCUCCAGACCCAAAGAUCAUCCCAGCUGUGCCUGGACAGAAUGUCACUCUGACAUGUCGAGCUCCAAACAACAAGACCAGAGUUGUAAAGUGGAGCAGAGCUGACCUGGGAGAUAAACAUGUGCUUUUGUACCAAGAUGAUCAGUUUGUUCCAGCCAACCAGCAUCCAUCUUUUAAGGACCGGGUGGAUCUGCAGGACAGACAGAUGAAGGAUGGAGACGUGUCUUUGAUUCUGAAGGAUGUGACGAUUAAUGAUGCUGGAACAUACGAGUGUCAUAUCUACAUGGAAGAAACGCACUCAUUGAAGAUUCUCAGCAUCAUCUACCUGAGUGUUGUUUUUCCUCCAGACCUGAAAAUCAUCACAGCUGAGUCUGGACAGGACGUCACUCUGACAUGUCAAGCUCCAAACACCAACAUCAGAGUUGUGCGCUGGAAGAGAACUGACCUGGGAGAUGUAUGUAGGCUUGUUGUUGAGAAUGGAAACCUUGUUCCAGCCAACCAGCAUCCAUCUUAUAAGAACCGGGUGGAUCUGCAGGACAGACAGAUGAAGGAUGGAGACGUGUCUUUGAUUCUGAAGGAUGUGACGAUUAAGGAUGCUGGAACAUACGAGUGUCGUGUCUUCAUGAAUGAAACACACUCACGGGAGCUCAUCAGCAUCAUCUACCUUGGUGUUGUUCCUCCAGGUCAGACAGGAGGAGACACAAAGGAUGAAGACAACAAAGAUGGAGGGAAGGAAGACAAAGAGAAGGAGGAGGAUGGAUCUGUUGGACUGAUCGUUGACCCAAAGAUCAUUACAGCAAAGUCUGGACAGGACGUCACUCUGAAAUGUCGAGCUCCAAACGACAACGUUACAGUUUUAAACUGGACAAGAUCUGACUUGAAGCCAGAAUAUGUGCUUUUAUACCGGGAUGGUCACUUUGUUCCAGAUGAGAAGCAUCGAUCUUUUAAAAACCGGUCUGAUCUGCGGGACAAACAGAUGAAGGAUGGAGACGUGUCUUUGAUUCUGAAGGAUGUGACGAUUAAUGAUAAUGGAACAUACGAGUGUCGUGUGUUCAUGAAUGAAACAGGGUCAUGGAAGAACAUCAGCUUCGUAUACAAGGUUGUUCCUCCAGAUCAGAAAAACAUGACAGCUGAGUCUGGACAGCGAACGGAAGGACCUGUGACUCAAGCCAGCAGCACCAAACUUCAUGUUGUUCGUCCAGGUCAGACAGGAGGACAAGAGAAGGAUCAAGACAACAAAGAUGGAGGAAAGGAGGGCAGAUCUGUUCGACUGAUAGUUGGUCUGUCAGUUUCUGCUGUGCUUCUUGUUGUUGUUGCUCUUGUUAUUAAUCUGAUCUGCCGAAAAUAUGAGAGGGGUUUUAGCACAAUAAAACAAAAAGAGAGAAUGAAACGUAAAAAAGAAAUUGAAAGGUCAGUAAAGUAUUCAAAGCUGAAUAAAGCUGAGCCUGAUGUUCCAUGAAGUCACUUUUACCCAACAUGACGAAAAACAGAUGAUCAAGGACAGAAAGAAACUGAUGAUGCUUCAUGUGACUUUUUCCUCCUUAAGUCCAGCCCACUGGAAGACAGCUUGUACUUUCUUCUCCUUAGCUGACAUUUUUUUAGUUUGUUAAUCCAUCUUAUCAAAUUUGACAGAGUUUACAAACUGUUAUAGACUCAGAUUGGGCUGAAACUUGGUGACUUUUCCUAAACUGACCCAAAAUAAACGACAAUGAAUGUAUUUAAAUAUUUUAUACUGUUGUACAGAUGAUACAAACUUUUGUACACUGAUGGUGUUUUGGGAGAAAUUUGACUCGUAUCUGUUCAGAUGGAUUUUCAGAUCCACCAGUUUGGCUAAAAUUAAGGAACAUUGUGAUUUUAGGGAAAUUUGACACUGUGAAAACAUUUUCAUACAAACUCACAAAUAUGAUGUACACACUCAUGUUUGUGCAUCUUUAAUGAGACAGAAUUGGUUCUCAUAUGGCUUGAGACCCAAUUCAUGGCUGAACCCUUUAAAGGUGACAUGAAAACAGAUGUCAUACAUGUCCUGAAGUGGAUUCUGGAUUUCUGACUUAAUCAUUACAGCAGUGAGGUCAGUGUGAUGAACUAAUGCUCUGUUCUCUGGCCUGACAAAGCUUUAACUCCAAACAUCUCUCCACCUUUAGAGGUUCAGUUUUUUAUGGCCUGACAGUGUGAAGCCUCCACCUACAUCACUGAACUGCUCCACCCUGCUCCACUUCUGUACUCUUGUCUCUGUGACCUCCUUUAAACAGCUUGUUUUUGUGUUUGUGGUGUUUUGCUCAGCUGUUCCCUUUUUGUUUAACUUUGUUUUUUUUUAUGUCUCUGGAAAUAAAAGUUUGGUUUUUAAAAA